CUCCAGUCGUAUUUUUGUUGGCAGCCAAUCUGCUUUAUCGUGGUGCAGUUAUUCUUUGCGACCAACACGACAGACUUACACGGUCAUGUUGCUAUAAUUGCUUCUUUUCAUGCAUCAACAUGUACUGUGUACUAGCAUGCUCGCAGGGAGGUCGGGGCAUGGGGCGAGCGUUCCGCUGGUGGCGACCAAUAUCAAGAAGUGCGGGAACACGAACCAAUGGCGAAUCGCGCUGGCGUUGUUCAAUUAUGUUUUGCAGCUGCGCACGUGCGUCGACGCCGUGCUGUACAAUAUAGCCAUCGGAGCCUGCGGUAAAGGCAUGCAGUGGGUGCAUGCGAUUUCUUUGCUCAGGGAAAUGGUGCAGGCAGACGUUGAAUCUGAUAUCGGCAGCUACAGUAUUGCAACCAGCGCGCUUGGAAAAUGCAGUCGUUGGCAAGACGCAUUGUCGCUACUGAACGAAAUGGUAGAAACACACAUGGAUCCAGACAUCGUGUGCUUCAAUUGUGGAGUAAGUGCGUGCGAGAAACGUGGCCAGUGGCAACAGGCGUUGUCGUUGCUGAACUGGGCCCGUGAGAUGAAGCUGCAGCCGAACGUGAUCAGCUAUAAUGCUGGCAUCAGCGCGUGCGAGAAAGGUGUGCAGUGGCAGCAGGCACUAUUAUUGCUCAGCGAACUGCGGGAAACGAGGCUGGAUCCGAGCGUCGUUAGCUUUUGCGCCGGAAUCAGCGCGUGUGAGAAGGGCAAGCAGUGGCGGCAUGCUCUAUCAUUGUUCAGCGAGUUGUGGGAGGCGAAGCUCGAGCCAAGCCUCAUCAGCUAUAACGCUGCAAUCAGCGCUUGCGAGAAAAGUGGGCAGUGGCAACAGGCUCUGCUGAUGCUCAGUGCGUCAAGGGUGGCGAAACUAAAGCCAGACGCUUUCGAGUUUCUCCGCUGGGAUCAGCGCGUGUGAGGAAGGCGGUCAGUGGCAGCAGGCCUUGGCAUUGCUCAGCGAGUUCAGUGAUACGAAGCUCGAGCUGGAUAUCGUCUGUCACAGUGCUGCGAUCAGCGCGUGCGGGAAGGAGGGUCAAUGGCAGCACGCUCUAUCACUGCUCGCUGUUUUGGGACAGGCGAAGCUGGAGGCCAACGUCAUCAGCUACAGCGCUGCAGUUAGUGCGUGCCAGACAGGGGGUCAGUGGCAGCACGCGCUGUCGCUGCUAAGCGGGAUGUUGAGAGUGAGGCUGGAGCCGAAUGCCGUCAGUUUCAGCGCUGGAAUCACAGCUUGCGAGAAGAGCGACCACUGGGAGCGCGCCUUGUCGCUGCUCAGGCUUAUGCUGGAUGCGAAGGUUGAGCCAGACGCUGUCAGCUUCAGUGCUGGGGUCAGCGCUUGCGAGAAGGGCGGGCAGUGGAAGCAGGCUCUGUCACUGCUUGCCGACAUGACAAAAGCGAGAAUGGAGCUAAACCCUAUCAGCUGCAGUGCAGGAGUCAGCGCGUGCGGGAAAGGCGGGCAGUGGCAGAUCGCGCUGUUGCUGCUUGGCGAGUUGAUGGAUGCGACAAUAGAGUUGAGCGUCAGCCCUAGUCAGCUACAGCGCCGGAAUCAGCGCCUGCGAGAAGGGUGGGCAGUGGCAGUUGGCAGUGUCGUUGCUCGGCGACUCGCAGGAGGCAACGUUGGAGCUUGAUUCCAUCAGUUAUAGUGCUGGAGUCAGCGCUUGUGAGAAAUGUGGGCAGUGGCAGCAGGCGUUGUCGCUGCUCAGGGAAUCGUGGGAAGUGAAACUAGAACGCAAUAUUAUAAGCUAUAGCGCUGGCAUCAGUGCAUGCGAGAAAGCAGGUCAGUGGCAACAAGCUCUGCUGCUGCUCAGCGAGUUGGGGAACGCACGGCUGGAGCCAAACACCAUCAGCUAUACAGCGGGCAUCUGUGCAUGCGAGACAAACGGGCAGUGGCAACAUGUAGUGACAUUGCUUGGCGAUAUUUGGGAGGCGAAGUUGGAGCCACAGGUCAUCAGCUAUUCGGCUGCCAUCAGUAUGUGCGAGCAAGGCGGGGAAUGGCAGCAGGGUAUCAUGUUAUUGUUAUGGUUUUGGGAAUCGAAAUUACAGCGGGGAGUCUUUGUUUGACCUUGAUGGUCGUUUCGCUGAACAAGGGAAGCCGGGGCCGAUCGCCAUGUGCUGCGACACCGCCAAUGCCCAAGACCAAGAAGGCCGAACGGCUGUAUACGACCAAGUUUGCAGCGAGCCGUGGAUGUGAAAUUGGAUCAGGGCAUAUUCGCUGCAGAGGUUGAUAAUACGUCAGUGGUGUAAGGUCGAUUGUUCAAGAGCGUGCUCUGAAUGGAACCUCGUGGGGCUGCUUGGCAUCGAGAUCCGCACCGCGAGUAACCACUCAGCGAGUAUGGGGCGCAGCCCCCGCCUGCGCGGUAUGGCUGUCAGGCCAGAACUGAUCCGAAGGGAUGUCAGUCCGCGGGCGCCCUGUGAACAGUCAAUUGCACAUGGGUCUGAGUGGAUGCGCAGGCAGGCGGCGCCACGUGUUGAGGUGCAGCCAGUGCACCGCACGUGCCUGCCCCUCCCUUUCUCCCUAGCUUCUCCGGGGCCCCGAUGCUGGCCUUUCCGCCCCUCUGAGGGCCUUUGCGUUUAGUUGUCUGUUUACUUGUAGGCGUGCUGGCAGCGUAUGGGCCUAUGCGAAUCACAUUCCGGGGCCGCCAGGCGCGCCUCUUGCACCGACGUCUGCCUCCAGUGUUUCAUGUCCACUUUGAGUUCUCACUCCCUUUAUAUCGACACCCAGACGUGCUGGCCAGAACUUCGAGGCGGAUCGAGCCGUGCCGCACGGGCGACCCAGAAUGCCCCAAAAAGGCGCCCAGAUGG